AUGGCGUGCCUCGUAUGCCUCGAUUGGGUGACGCUCGAGAGGACGAUGGUGAUGAUGCUACGGAGGAUGGGAGUGACGAUGGUAGCUGGGGUGAUGGUAGAGGUCAUGGGUGGAUAUGGUUUUGAUAUGAUACUGAAAGGAACCGCCGACUAUUGGUGGGAAGCAAAGCAGAAAACUAUGGCCCCAGAACAGUUAGAUGAACUCACUUGGGAUCUUUUUAAGAUUGCUCUGUGUGAGAAGUUCAUACCCAGAAGUUAUAGGAAAAAGAAGGAGAUGGAGUUUACCACUUUGAAGCUAGGGAAUAAAACUGUAGUGGAGUACGAUCGACUAUUCUGCGAUCUGGCCCGCUAUGCACCGUAUAGAGUGGAUACGGAUGAGAAGAUGUCCGAGUUGUUUUGCGCCGGACUGCGACAAGAGAUAAGAGUUGUAUUGGCUAGUCAAACGGCACUUUCCUACGCCGAGGCCUUGAACAGAGCUCUAGAUAUGGAGUUGGCAAUGCAGCCAGAGAAAGCGGCACAUGUACCAGUGCCUCCAUCAACCCAAUAUACGCAAGUAUCAAACAGUCCCUACUCUAACCAAGGCCAGAAAGGAAAACGCAAAUGGGAAAAUCAUGGAAAUGAGGGUAAAAAUCCAUGGCAAGGCCAGAAUGUUCAGCCUCCAUUCGUGAAGGGCGAUAAAUCAUUUUAUGGUGGACCAGCUACAUCACACCCCGGACACCGAGGGAUACCCCCUUGUCCUAAGUACAACAAGUUACACAGGAGUGUGCAGAGCUGGAAACCCAAAUUGUUUCACUUGUGGAAAACCCGGACAUUACUCGAGCCAGUGCCCCAACCGACAGCAAGGGAUGAGUGGAGGAAGACCCAAUCAGUUUCCAACCCACAGCUCAGGGCAAUGGAAGAAAUUCUUUCUCUAUCUCAACCACUACAGCAACAACCUUUUCGCCAUCCAAACCAGCCUCAUAAGCAGCUACCUGCACCGCAAGCAGGAAGACCACCGCAAUAUCAAAGGAUGUAUGCUAUCAAUCAGAAGAAUCAGGAUAAGAACCAAGGAAACCUAACAGGUAUUGGGGAACUGAAAGGUGUACCCAUUGUUAUUCUCUUUGAUACGGGAGCAUCACAUUCUUUCAUCUCAUAUACCUGUGUGGAUACGUUAGAACUGAAUGUAGAACCAGCCCAGCUCCAAUUAAGGGUAGCCACUCCCUUAGGGAAAGUCACCACUGUUACACAUGUGUGUCCUAACUUGGAAUUCGAAUUAGGACCUCUUAAUCUUAAGGCUAAGACGUUGAGACUUAUGCGCAUGUGGAGCACAGACAUCAUUUUGGGAAUGGACUGGUUAGCAGAACACUAUGCGGUGAUACAGUGCGAGCAGAGACGGAUAUCAUUCCAGCCACCUGGCCAGGAACCUACAUGUUUUUAUGCCAUCAAUAGAAAAUGGAAUAAGACACCUAUCAUCUCUGCAAUGCAAGCGAACAAGAUACUAAAAGAAAAGGGUGCGACAGCAUAUCUAGUAUACUUGAGCCAAGAAGAGGAAGCACAAGUAAAGAUUGAAGAUGUACCUAUAGUGCGGGAGUAUCAAGACGUUUUCCCUGAUGUUCUACCAGGUCUACCCCCGGACCGACAAUUGGAAUUCACGAUCGAUUUGGAACCUGGAGCAGCACCAAUAUCCAAGGCACCAAAUAGGAUGGCACCAGCAGAAUUGCAAGAACUGAAGUUGCAACUAAGAGAGUUGUUGGACAUGGGAUUCAUUCGACCCAGUGCUUCAACUUGGGGAGCACCCGAUCGAUUUAUCGUGGACACUGAACUGUGGUAA